AUUAUCUUAUAUAACGUUAAUUUGUUAGACGUUUAACAAUUCGAUUAAUUGUGGUUUUUAUUGUUAUUAAAAUGGCCUUGACUCUAAUAAAAUAGAGCAAUAAAUGAGUGCUUGAGGUAUAAAAACUUUAGAUUUUCCAUUUGUUCGAUCGAAAAUGAAACGCAUAGUUGUUUGUACCAAGUGUGAUAAUUCGAUGCGCGUACACACAUCACCAAUGCUGCGAUAAUAUGUUGAUAAAGAAUUUUAUCAUUUCACCUCGAUAAGACGACGAAUGUAGAUGUAUAGGAGUCGCGCUCGCGGUUCAAAAUGCGCGCCAUAAUAAUUUUGACGUUUAACUUUUUAAUUUUGAAUGUCAACGGUCAAGAGGUCGAAGCGGACGGUGUUACGGAGGAAGUGCAAAAAUUAAUAAAAUUGUGUUCGUUUUGUACGUGCAGUGAAAUACCAGAUAUCGACGGUACUCAUUUAGUGUUCAAUAUAUUGUGUUCUGAGUUGGAUAGGAUACAGAAUGUCGCAGAUUUGGAUAAGAUUCAAUGGCCGGAGAACCCCAAUGGAUUGAAAAUUUCCGCCGCUUUUGAAGGUUUGGGACUCAACACACUUGGCAGAUUACCUCCAAAUGCACAAGUGGAAAGUCUUAGGUUUAGUAAUAACGCAAUUAAGACGUAUUGGCCGGAUCCUUUUAAUGAUGUACCCAAUCUGAAAAGGCUAUCGUUCUCACAAAACGAGCUAAUGGAAAUAACACCAGAUCUAUUCACGAAUAUAGAACAUUUAGAGGAACUGGAUUUAUCGUACAACAAGUUAACAGAUUUCAAUGUAUUAGAUUUUAAGUUUUUACAUAAUUUAAAGAGAUUGAAUUUACAAAGUAAUCUUAUAAAGAAGAUGCCCAUCGAAGUUUUGAGCCCAAUGAUUUUGUUGGAGGAUUUAGAUUUAAGCAAGAACGGAAUUUACGAUCUUUUGCUACAAAAGAGUGAGAGCGAGCCAUUUAAAGUUGUUAAAAGAUUGAGUUUAAGCGGGAAUAGAAUAAGAUCCGUGACCAAGGAGUCAUUUCCUCUAAAUAAUAGUAUUGAACUUCUAGACUUAUCAAACAAUGUGAUAGAGAUCGUAGAAGAGAACGCAUUUAUCACUUGCGUCAAUUUGAGAGAAUUGAACCUUGGGCAGAACAACAUAACGUUCACUUUCGCACUGCCGCCAUCACUGCAGAUUGCCAUAUUGAAAAUCAACACUUUAUACCACUGGCCCACAUUUCCUGGCGGCAUCACUUACAUAGAUAUUUCUUACAAUAGAUUAUCGGAUAUGUAUAACGAAAAUCAAGUUGAGUUUGAUAAUUUAGAGAUUCUUAAUAUAGGAGGUAAUCAAAUAAAAGAUAUAAAUAUAGAAAACAAACUACCAAAGUUAUACAGUUUAGACAUAUCUUACAACUUAAUAAAAGAAAUACCAAAAUGUUUAAACAGUCAGAUAUUACCGAAAUUGGAGGAAUUGCGUUUAGAUGGCAACCCUAUAGAGGACAUUUAUUUUAAAAACAUUCUAUCGUUGAAGAAUUUAUACUUGAACGAUAUGCACAAGUUGGUGAUUGUAAAGGAUAAAGCUUUCAGUAAUGUUAUUGGUAGAGGUGAUGAAACUACGAACGAAAGAAAUUGUUUUUACUUGUACAUGUCCAGCUGCGGUUCUUUGAGUGAAAUACAAGAGGGCGCUUUUGAUGCGACAUCGUUGUGUAUGAUCGACAUAAGCAAAAACAAUUUGACCCGACUGUCGAAGGACCUGCUCGAUUGGCGGUCGCUAAACGAGGGCGCAGAUCUGCAGUAUAACCCUUGGGAGUGCUCCUGCCCGCUGCAGUGGGUGCUGGAUGAUCUCCUGCCGAUACUGUAUAAAAGCAACUCGAGACUGCUCACUGAACUCAGAUGUGGGUCGCCGCGGGGCUACGAGGGGCUGCGGCUGGUGCACUGGUACAACUGGACGGAGCCCGCCAUGUGCAGCGACAUGAUGAUGCGCGCGGGACCACACGGCACUUACAUCUUACAACCGUCAACGGACUCGGGUCCCAAGUUCAAUUAUUUAAUAAUAAUAUUAGUUGCGUGCAUCACUGUAGCGUUGUUGAUAGCGAUCGCACUGUUCGUAUACUUGAUGCGCAACAGACGGCGACACAAACUGCGACAGGCAGCGCUCAAACGUAAGCGACAAACUGCCGCAGAUGUUAAAAACAGCAAUGGAUUGCAAAAAGAAAAGUUCGGAUCGUUUAAUAAAGCUUAAGUUAAGCUCAAAAUUGUAUUACAAAGGAUUUUUAAUGGGCUUUCUAUUGCCAACAUUUUAUAUAAAAACAUAUUGUUUUUCCUCUCACUCUGAUAUAACUAUAUGUUUUUCUACAUGUGUUUCGGCAUAGAAAAUCUACGGUAAUAUAAUAUUUUU